AUGGCGCCCGCCAGGAAGAAGAGCAAGUUGGCCAACGACAACGAGCCUGAUGAGCCUCGCCAAUCGGACGUCCCUGCUGCACAGGAGGACGACGCGCCUGAUACGUCGACAGUACAACCGCCGGAAGGAACGCCUUCUUCGCCGACGAGACCGAACAAUCACAAUCGCGGCAGCUGGUACUCGGCGUCGUCGUGGAAGAGUAAAGCCGGUCCGGUUGCACAGGUUGCGAGGGAGAGUAUACAGGUCGAUCGAGGCGUUAGUUCUGAGUCUUCGUCCUUGGUGAACAACCACGAAAACGAUGCGAAGAGGAGGUCGAGUCAGAGCGUGAGCAAGAGUGUAAGGGGGAGCAGUCGGAAGAGUAUACCCUUGAUCGCGGAGCCUACGAGGGUGCAUGCGACGAGCGAUGUCAGCCAGCCGCCGAAGCAACAGCAGAAGAAACCUGUUGAGUCGAGUGAGAAGGUGAAAGAAUCGGCAGGGCCUGAGGAGAGGAAAGAGGUGGAGGACGUGCCUUUGCCGCCUGAACCUACAGCGAUGGGGGAGGGAGAGGGAAAGGAUGAUGCUGCUAGUAUCAGGCCGGCGUCUGGAACGUGGUUUGGCUGGUGGUCGAGACCUGAUGGGUAUGGCAGUGAUGGGGAGAAGGCCAAGAGCAGUGUGAAGGUCAAUCUAGACGUGGCUGCAGAGGAGGCAAGUGGUACACCACUUCCUAGGUCACCGAAUGAAGGACAGUUGGAAGUGCCGAAAGAUGGCACGGAAGCUGGACAGAACGCCGCGAAUGGUGCUGAAGACCCAUCUGCGCAAUUAAGGCCGGAGAUGAGCAUGAAUACUGGUUCUACGAGAUCAUGGUUUGGGUUGUGGAGCAGUACACAGAAUCAGCAGGCAGAGCAAGAGGGUCAACAGAUUAAAGACAAUGAGGAAGUGCAGCAGACGGAACAACUACCAGUCUCUGACACCAAAGCCACCGCGGAGCCAGCCGAGACCGCGAAGGAUAUGAAGACAGCAGAUCCGUCAAAGGCAAAUGAUAAUACUGAAGUGGAAAGACCAAAGUCGUCAGGCUGGGCUUUCUGGUCAAAAGAAACACCUAAAGAGGCGGGGCCUCAGCAAGAUGGCACGCAGAAAGACGUGGGGGAGAUAGCAGUUGCAGACACGCCUUCUCAGAGCCAUCCUGAGGCUGCGCAGUUCAACACCGAGCCCGACCAGCGGAAACAAGCCAAGCCAGAGCUCAAACGUAACAGCUCACUCCUGAGGCCUAAGCGUGGGCGACCAGAGAAGCCGAAGGACUUGUCAGGAGAGACAACGGCCGCAGCCACACCUGUAGGCUCUGAGUUACCGACUCCAUCAGCUUCCCAAUUCCAGACACCAGCAGAGACACCAGAAGCCUCACCAGCACCAGCGCAGAGAGGCAAGAAACCAUUGCAAGCACGGCCCAAUCUCAUCCUUCCCAAGUUCCGCGAGGUGUAUCCUCCUGCACCGAAUCCUGGAUAUCUCGAGCGAUUAGCCCAGUACUUUGCGCAGACAUUGCACAUACCUGGAUAUGCGGCUCUGCCACCACCUCAGCACCCCUUCAUCACGAAAUACCCACCCAAAGUAAAGAAGGCUAUCGCUAUAGGUGUGCAUGGAUUCUUCCCGGCGCAGCUCUUCCAGCGCGUCCUUGGUCAACCCACUGGGACGUCGAUACGGUUCGCGAACUAUGCCGCUGCGUCUAUCAAGCAGUGGUGUCAAGAUCAUCAGCCUGAUGUGAAGGACGUAGAAGUCGAGAAGGUUGCACUUGAGGGAGAAGGCAUCAUUGCAGACCGGGUGAACACGCUUUGGAAGCUACUCCUGAACUGGCUGUCUCAUCUUCGUCAGGCGGACUUCAUCCUUGUCGCGUGUCACAGUCAGGGCGUGCCGGUGGCUAUCAUGCUAGUGGCAAAGCUCAUCCAGCUUGGUGCGUUGUCGCCUCAUGUUCGCAUUGGCGUAUGUGCGAUGGCUGGAAUCAAUCUCGGGCCUUUCCUUGAAUACAAGAGUCGGCUAUUCGGUGGCUCUGCAUUGGAGCUGUUCGACUUUUGUGACAGCAAGUCCAAGGUGUCCGUCGCUUAUGCAGAGUCGUUGGAUAUAUGCUUGCGGCAAGGUGUACGAGUGACCUUCUGCGGAAGCAUCGACGAUCAGCUCGUGAGCUUGGAGUCGAGUCUACAUGCUCCCCUCACGCACCCAUACGUGAACCGAAUCGUGUUCAUCGACGGCCGCUUGCAUACCUCCAACUUCCUCUCGCACUUGAUCGUGUUCGCCGUAAAGCUGAGAAACCUCUGCGUCAGCGAUCACGGCCUGUUGAGGGAAAUAUCCGCCCCCGUCGCUGGCAGUUUAGUCGGCGGCGAAGGACACAGCAGAGUCUACGACGAUCCAGCCGUCUACCAAACUGCCGUCGAAUUUGCCCUCGAGAGCACAGAAAUCUCUCCAGCGUUAUACAUCCCACCCACGAACGCCGACGAAAAGCGCAAAUCCAUGGAAGCUGCAACCCAGCGUCGAGCAUCACUUGGUGGUUUCCCAACUAACAUGAACGCCGCGAACCACAUGCGUCGCGGAUCUCUCUCCUCGCUCAGCCUCGCACCUCCCGGCAUCGGACCUUCGAUCGCCGCCUAUGAAGCACCCGGUGCAAUGGGCGUGGACAAGAAUCCUUUCGUCCUACCCUGGGCGGUCCGAGGAAUGCUAGAAGAAGACAUCGUCCGACGAGAUGCGAAGAUGCAGGAGGAGGUGAAGGAGCUGGUAAAGGAAUUCGAGAGCUGGAGGCCGAAUAGUAAGGUGUUGAAAGACGUUCGGUGGAGGUUGGAGGGGGUCAGGAGUAUGCUGUAG